GUUUGUACCCGCAUGUUUCUCUUUUUCUGCUAGACGCCACUAUUGUUAUUCGCUGCGCAUCCGUCCUGUUUUCCGCAUGGAAACCCACCCGGCACGCUUGGGUCAACCGCUUAGUCCUACUUUGUCUCGCUGAUUUCUCACUCACACUUCCUCUUUUAACCUCUUUUGUUUACCACUUCCAUAUAUCCACAGCAUUUUGCUUAAUUGUUGUCACCCUCUCGCUUGUGCUUGCUCAUAUACUCUCCGUUGAUUGCGGCUACCAACCCCUGCUUCCCGUACAUUUACAUUACGGCCAAGGAGGGGUCAUUCAGCGAAUUGGUACCGGUGCAGAAAUAUGGUCGAGGUCUCAGAACUCCGGGGGGACCUCGUUCAGGUCACUCAGUCUACUCGCAUUGUGAUGCGCUGUCUCAGCACUGGGCGGGAUUCUCAGGAAACAUCACAAAAGGCUCUUACCCUGCUGGCGGAUAUCUUGGACUUGCUAUAUCGCAUCAAGGAGCAGAUCAGUUGGGGGGAGGAGAAAUGGCACGUGGACCCAUCGCGUCUGGUGGCUUUGGCCGAAAUGCUCUCCUGGCUGAAUUCCUCCAUGAAAUCAAUCGAGCUCUACUUUCAGCCGGGGGGAGUGAGCGUUGCUUACUUCCGGAAACACCUGUUGGAGAGAACAUUCCUACCGCGUCUGGAGCAGUAUAAGAUUCUCCUGUUGCUAGCAAUGCAGCCUGAUUCAGAGGAACGGUCUUGUUUGGAAGAAGAAAUACGAUAUACACUCCGGCUGGCUCGAGGUGUAGAUUGUGGCCCAACGGUUGAUUUACAAUUCGAGGAAGAUGCACUGGGCAUAACAAGUCGACUUUGCUCUGAACAAUUUAUUGGCCUCGCCGACUUGUGUAACCGACGUCUCAAAGGGUCAUGCAACUGGUUCUUCGAUCACACAGAGUACAGACGCUGGCUGCUUGGAACUUUCAAGACACUUUACUGUGUCGGUCCGCCUGGUGCGGGAAAAACAUUUCUUUCUUCUGCUAUCAUCGAUUCUCUGCAAAGAACUUUCACGGGGCCCGAUGUAGCCACGGUAUUCGUUAUUAUCCAGCAGGAGCAUGCAAAGGACCAUAAUUCCACCGAUAUUUUACGCAGCAUACUGGCUCAGCUCGUAUAUCGCAAGCGCAGUCUUUCUUAUGCGACAUCGUCUCUUUAUCACUCUGAAUCCUUAACAAAAGGGAGGGCCUCGCCCAAGGAAUACCAUAACGCAAUACGUGCGGAAGUCAAUCGUUUCUCGAAAGUCAUGUUCGUCAUGGAUGGACUGGAACUACUUUCUGAUAAAGAGCGCAUUUUGAGCCGACUGCAGAAACUCCCAGAGCACGCACAGCUAUUAGUCACCCUUCGUGAAGUUACCCAAGUGGGAGACGCGUCUUAUGUGAGCAUCCUGGGAUCAUCAGAGGAUCUUCAAAGAUAUGCUAUCUCUCGGAUCGAGAAUGAUGCUGGAUUGAGGGGGUUGUUCGAAAAGGAACCGGACACUCGGUUGUACGAAGAGGCCGUAUACACUGUUGUGGAAAAGUGCCAUGGAGUGUAAGUAUCAAGAUUUCCCCCAAAGUUACCACGUCAUAG